AGAGAGAGAGGAGAGAUAGUGAAGGAGAAGGGAGGAUAGUGGGGCGGAAAUUGGAGUGGGUUUUAUAAGUGCGGUGAUUUCAUACGCCUACCUUUCCAAGUAACCCAUUUUAUCGCUGUCUCGCUCUUCUAUCUCAGCUUUCCGUGACUCUUGUUUAGUGGUAUCCGCUACGCGGAUACAUGUCAUAUCCAUGAGCCAAGUUGCCUUCUUGAAAGGUGCAUGUCUACAUUCCAUGUGUCGACACGCUGCAUUUCCGCGGCUAAAAUCGCAAGCGCAUACGGCAAUAGAUCGUACUAUACGUUAAGGGAGACUCAUUUACAGCGCAGGUACUACACGGAUACGACGAUUUUAGAAUCGGUAGCGAGAAGUAGAGGAAGAAGACGCGAUAUGUGUGUCAUGUAAUUGGAACGUAGUAGCUUCCAAAAGCUUCUUGAUUAAAUGGACGUAGAAGUAGAACGUUCAAUAUGACCUAGGUGACUUAGAACGAUUUAAAAAGCCUCGAUGCGCAAUGCGACAUUUACGUAAAAUAUAUUGGCUAUUUUGGGUGGGUCUACCGACUCUCACUGCAUAUCCUGUGUCAACGCCGUAUUUAACAGAUUUGCACAAUGAUCAAGGAUCAUUACAAUGGGAACGUUAUUGGAUAAGAUAUACAAUUACUCUCUUAAGCUUAACUGUCGCUGCAUUUACUCUGGCUGGAUGUCUAUGCUGCAGGAGACCUCGUCGUACUAUAGGAUUUCAGGACAAAGCAGGAAAAUGUAAACAGGAAUUCAAGAAUGGAAGUAGCACUGGUCCAGAGUUACCGUUUGAACAAUCAAUAGAAGGUUUAGCCAUUGAUGUUCCACGAAUGAUAGCAUUGACCGACAGAGUACAGUUUGAACCUCUACCCGUAGAUCGAAUUAUAUCAGGACCAAAAGUUCCUUCUCCAACAAAACCAUCUUCCAUAUCACAUUUAUCUUUUACGGGAGAAUACAAUGAAGAUAAUGCUACAUUACAAGAGCCUUGUAGAGAAUGGUUCGAAGCAGAAGACCUUUAUGUACCUAGAGAAAAAUUAAAAUACUUAAGAGAACUAGGACGAGGCUGGUUUGGAAAAGUUGUAGAAGGCCGAGCAGAUUUAGAUCAAUCCAAAGGAGCUCUAAAAAAUGGAGGAGUUGUUGUAAGAAUUCUUGCCGAAGAAGCUACAAUGAAAGAAAAAGCUUGGUUCCUAGGAGAAGCUACACCGUAUCUCAAAUUACAUCAUCAAAAUGUUUUAGCAUUACUUGGUUUUUGCUUAGAAACUGAUCCGUAUUUGCUACUUUUUGAAUCUUGUCCUGCUGGUGAUCUUAAAGGCUUUUUGUUAUCAAAUCAUGAUAAAAAAUCUCAAGAAGCAUUAAUAAAAGAAAAUAUUCCUACGAGAAUGGCUCUAGAAAUAGCCGCUGGUUUACAACAUAUGCAUAAUCAUGGUUUUGCACAUACAGACUUAUCUGCAAGAAAUUGUUUGGUUGCUUCUGAUUUAUCUGCGAAAUUAGGAGAUUACGGAACUGGCGUUGAAAAAUAUCCUGAAGAUUAUUACAUUGUUGGAGAUCGUGCUUUGCCUAUUAGAUGGUCUGCACCUGAGAGUUUAGACUGUACAGAUACUACUAUUGAAACUCGACAAAUUACAUUACAAGCAAAUGUAUGGAGUUAUGCUGUGCUGUUAUGGGAAAUUAUUAAUUGGGGUAAUAGACCUUACGAUAAUAUGUGUGAUGAGGAAGUUAUACAGAUGCUUUUAUCUCUUAAAACUGAUUUUUCACUAAACAAUAUACAGCCAUUGCAUAACUGUCCUGAAAAUAGUCCCUCCAAUAUAUUACAUGUUAUAUGCACAUGUUUGAAUACAGAUGCUAAAAAGAGGCCUUCUUUAAAUGACAUAAGACAAAACUUACUUACUGAACAUAUAGAGCAAGAAGAUUUUGAGCAGUGGGAAAAUUUACAAACAAAUACGUUAAUUAAUCAUACACGUAGUGCUAGUUUACAAAAUCUUCGUGGCAGUGUUGAUUCUGAUCAUUGGACAAGCAUAAUGGAUGAGAAACCAUUAGAAACGUUACAAUCUUCUUUUCGACUUGGACCAGAUGAACCAAUUAAAAGUGUUAUGAAUAUGGAAAGUUUAUUUAAUACAGCACAAGAAUCAGGAUCUGAAACUGAAGAAGAAAGUUGGAGGGGAAGAAUUGAACGAGGAGUUUAUACAGAAAAAGUGAAACAAAAAUCUAAAUCUGUAACUGAUCUUAUGAUACUUGUACAUAUCGAUCCCGAAUCAGAUGGAGAAUUAUCUAUGGGCACACAAAUGACAGAGAAAACUCUUAAGAAAAGAUUAUCCACCACUGGCAGUGAUAGUGAUCUAACGCGUACCAUGAUUGUAGAUGAAUUUGACGAAGUAUUAAGAAAACUACGAAAUCCUAUACAAAGUGAUGUUUCUAAUAAAACUAAAUCAAUAAACAACUCAGAAAAACCAAAACUUUUGACGUUAACUAUGGAUCAGGAACAAACACCAAUCUUAAGGCUGUCUUUGGAUUCUAAAGAAAAUUCUAUUGUUAGUAAAAAUUCUUCUGUUUUAAAUACAAGCGCAGACAGUAUACGUAGCGAAGAACAUAUAUUAAGACUAUUAUCAAAAGGUGAUCCAGAUCUUCCCCUUCUUCGUUAUGUUCCUGAUAGCAAGCCUUCUUGUGAAAUUUUGGAGAGUACUAAUGAAACUCAAUCUGAUAACAUUUCCACUAAUAAUGAAAAUAAUGAAUCUUGCUUUUCCAACAAUUUCUCGUUUCAAAACCUUGAUACUAAUCAGAAUAACUUGGUGGACGUUCUUCUUUGGAAUCAUGCGCUUGAUUCAGCUUUGGAACAUAAGAUACCAGGAUUUUCAGACGAAGGUGAAUUUAAAGAAUUCAUAGAACCUUCUAUAAAUCAACAGAAUAAUACUACAUUGGAACUUUCUACAUCUGCUAAUGUCACAGAAAAUAGUGAACAAUUUGAUAAGGAAAAUUCUGUUUACAAUCUUAAUGAUUUAUCAAAUACUGAAGAUAUGGGAAUCGUUCGAAAAGUUUUAAUAAACGAAUAUGAAGAAAGAAAGCAUUUAUCUACUCCUGACGAUGAGCAAAGUUCAGAUUCUGGCUUUAGAGACAAAGAAUCCUGUGAAGAAGAAGAAAGUAUGUGUCCACCCUGUGAUCAAACGAGCUCUCACGAUACGUCUAUUAUACAUGUGCCUACAUGUACUGAAGAUGAACAGCUACAAGUUUUAUUAGAACUUGAUACUAUUUUAGAUGCUGAAUAUUACUCGAUACUUCCUGAAUCCGAUAACUCUGUAGGGAUGAAUAACACAAACAGUAAAGCAGAAUAUGACAAUCCAAAUAUACAGGAUAUAAAAAGUCAGAAUACUGUUAGUAUUUUAUCAAACGAAAUCACUACAAAUACAUACAUAGAACAAGAUGAAGAGGUUAACACACAAUAUUUAAAUAAGAAUGAUCGAAUGGAAGACGAGGACAUAAAACCCACAAGUAAUAUGCAAAAUGGUGAUUUUGUAGCAUCAUCAUCUAGUAAUUACUAUGAUGAUACAAACAAUUAUAUAACAGAAAAUUCUAAAGAGAGCAAGAUUUCUUCCUUUGAUGCAAAAAUAACGCAUGCAGAUACAGAAAAUUAUAUACAAGAUGAUACUGGGCAUGAAAAUGAAGAGGAAGAUAGUUCUACAAUGAGCUUAUGCAGUGAUAACUCUUAUGUAUCUUUUGGUAUGGAAGAAGAAUUUGUUACAGCAAUUAGAAAUGAACUUAGAGAAAAACUUCCACGUGCACAGAUGCCCGUCGUGGAACCGUCCGAACCUCGUGAUGAAGAGAUUUCCCCUAUAUCUAGCGAUAUUGAAAACAAACGUUGGGACGAUGAUGAGAAUGAAGAAUCGCCAGAUCGAAGCACUAGCAGCGUAGAUAUUUCUAUCAGGUAUAAUCUUUAUGGAACACCACUCAGUCCUAUUUUAGAAGAACGAGAAAGCACUGUUACUUCUGAGUCUUUGCUAUCAAAUUCAAGAGACGCAUCCAUUGUAUCUAAAGAAUCAGUACCAUCUGAAGAUGUAUUAUUAGUUGAUACUAGAACAAAUAAAAUGAUAUUAUUAGAGGGAUCAAGAGAAAAGCAACUACAAGAUGAUGAUCGAGAUACAACAAAUGGAGAUAUUUCUGAAGAAGAAAAUGUUGAAUAUAGUUCAUCAUCGAUAUACACAUCAGAAGAUAAGCCUCAUGCUAUGAUCGCUACUGGAGGAGCACCGUUACCAAGUCCUGAAGAAGAAACCAAAUGGCAACAAUUACCUUCCUCUUUUCCAUUACCUUUACCAUUACCUUUACAAGAUGAUUUAAUGUCUACAAGUUUUGCUACAGAACGUGAUUGGGAUAGUCAAGACGAUGAUGAAGUAGGAGAUGAAGAGGGGGAAGAUGAGGAUAACAGUUCUAGUUCGGGUGAAUUUGUUUGGAAACGAUAUAGUGAGCCUCACGCGGAACAGAUACAAAUCAGAAGUACUUUGAGCAAUGAAAAAGUAGAAGUAGAACAGGCUGACUUAAGAGAAGAGAUUGACGCAGAAGAUGAAGAAGAAGAAGAAUUCACACCAUCAGCUUGGAAUGCAACAUUAGCACCACAUAGAUCUGCGUUAAGGUCUCCAGAUAAAACAUUAAAGAGCGGAGAUGAAUUGGAUCAAAAGAAGAGUGUAUGGUUCAAGAAACAACGCUAUCAUUGUGUAUAUGAGUAUCCAAAAGAAACAUUAGCUAAUGACAUCCAAGGUCAAGCUACCACUACAUGGGAACCAACUUCGUAUACAGAUUGGGAGGAAUUAAUGAAUGAGCCAAGAUUAGAUAUGUAUCCAUUGGAUUACGAGGAUAUAAAUCGAGCUGGAAAUGAAGAAUUUUAUGUGAGUAGUUCAAAUCGUCCGUUUCAAUUUCCAACCAGCGAUAGUAAAUAUGUUAGUCAAUUCUUCCCUGGCGCUUGUUCUACGUCAGUAAAUGAAGAAGAACAAGACGAAGUAGAUUGUAAUCAGGAAGAAGAAAAUACUAAUAGCCAGACAAAUGAGCAUGAACAUAUUAAACAAUAUCAACUAGGAGAAUUAAGACAUACCAGAGACCGCUUAAAAUUAAAUUUAUUAGCAGGAAAUAAUGCAGUAGAUACGACUUUUGUUCCUUUAAGACAAGUAUAUGAAGAUAAGGAAGAUCUAUUAAGAACUGAAAAAACGCAUACGUUAGAUUUGCUGGAAAAUAUGAAAGUAACGGAAGACCAAUGUAAUUUGUCAAAUUUGGUAGAUGACAAUACUUCGCCAAAGGUGCCUCAGGAGGAUUUUAAAUGUGAAAUAGAUAAUGAUCCAGUUUCACCAAAAAUUUAUCAAAAUGACAAUGAAAAGAAAAUUGAGUCUGCUAAUAAUGUAGCGUUCUAACGCUUGACUGAAACAAUUUAUAGUGCACAAUGAUAUUUUGAGGAAAUCAGUUUAAUUGAAGUCCGUCCGAAACAAUUCAUUGUGGAAGUGCAGUGGUAAAUUGGUGCCGACGAAAUUGAUGUUGUCACAAUAUUGAUAUUUUAUGACUGUAUAUAUAAAAAUUAGUAUUAAAAUGUAAAUGUAACAAAAGCAAUGUACAGUAUAUACCGAUGGGCUUUUGGAUUGAUUCGGAUAUAGGAUACUAAAAAAAAAAAAAAAAAACGAGAUAUAGUUGCAAGUAAUCGAUACUGUGACUACGAACUCUGCCAAAUGAUACAGCAAAACUCGAAGCACUGUAAUAUUUGAGCAAUGGACAGCUCUUUAGCCUUUCAUUCGUCGAGCAAUUUUGUGCCUAUUUUAUAAGUACCAUUUCUAUUUGUUUCAGUCUUGACAUCACAGGCUUUAAAUUUCAAUAGGAAAAAUUAUAACAUUAUCGAGUAACAAUGAUAGUCAAAAAAUGGCUAUUCAGUGCUUAUGUACAGUAUACAUAAAUCAUUUGCAUACUUAAGCGAGUGUUAUAUAAUGGAAUUAACAUUUAAAUUCAAGAUUUUGUGCAAUAAUGAUCAUGUGUAGUUAACAAAUUGCUGAACAUAGUUUGUUAUUAGAAAGGAAUAUAAAAUUUUGUUAGAAUCUAUCAGCAUAUGUAGUUGCAUGAUUGCAUACACAUAAUGUACAAAGAGAAAAUGUGUUAUAAUAUGUUUAUAAGGUGCUGUAGCAUAAUAUCAAAUGUGUUGCGCAAAUUAAGAUUACUGGCUUUGUAUCCACAGUAUUUCGUAUUAGCGACAGAUUUGUUUAUGCUAUGACAAAAUUAUCAUAAGUAACUUUGUAAUACAUGUAAAUAUUUAUAUAUUUAGAUGAUAGUCUAAUAAUUGAUUAAUUGAUGUGAUAUAAAUCUUGUGUUGCCAAUAUUUUGCUAAUACAUGAUUUAAUAUUAAUCAUCUUUAAUAAUAUAAAUGAUAUAAAUUAUAUUUGAACAUACAAUUAAUCAACUAAUAGACGAUAGUCUUUAUCAACAGUAGCAGCCUAAUGGAAAUUUUGCUACCCUUUACCCAGUCAAUCACGAUCAAUGCUCAUUUAUCUAUUUAUCGUCACUUUUAUUUUUUUCUUGAUAUUAUUACUUCUAGGGUAAAGCAUUUCUUUUAAGCAUCACAGCAUUGCAAAAAGAAUUAUACCAUGACUUAACGCUUAUUUUUAGCAACAGCAAAAUAUUAUUAUAUUUGACAAAUCAGUUUAUACAAAACCACGUGAUAGUGUUAAUCUCUAUGUAUUGUUAAUAGAUCUGUGAUGAGAACGAGAUAUAUAGUCGUAUUUCGAUCAAUUUUGUAACGAAUCUCAGAAAAGUAUUGCAUAAAGUGUAAAUUAAUAGUAAACUAUUUUAGGUGAAGAACAUUUUGAAGGAUCUUGUCAUUCUUGCUUGUUUUCUUUUGUAUAUAAUUACAAUGUUUAAAAAUAAAUUAUCUACUACUCUAA